AUCCACCCCUAUGACAAGAUCAAGGCCCAGGGGCUGCCGGACAGCGUAGCGGCCAGCCUCAACAAGCUGGUGGUGGUCAAGCUCAACGGAGGCCUGGGCACCAGCAUGGGCUGCAAAGGCCCCAAGAGUGUCAUCAGUGUCCGCAAUGAGAACACCUUCCUGGACCUUACCGUCCAUCAGAUAGAGCACUUAAACAAGACAUUCAACGUGGAUGUGCCUCUUGUUCUCAUGAACUCCUUCAACACAGACGAGGACACCAAGAAAAUCCUGCAGAAGUACACACACCACCGGGUGCACAUCCACACUUUCAACCAGAGCAGAUACCCGAGGAUCAACAAGGAGUCCCUGCUGCCCGUGGCGAAGGACCUGGGAAUGCACGGCGACCACGCCGAUGCCUGGUACCCACCCGGCCACGGAGACAUCUACGCCAGUUUCUACAACUCCGGCCUGCUGGACAAGCUGAUCGCCGCGGGCAAGGAGUACAUCUUCGUGUCUAACAUAGACAACCUGGGCGCCACCGUGGACCUGUUCAUCCUCAACCACCUGAUGACGCAGCCCAAAGACAAGCGCUGCGAGUUCAUCAUGGAGGUGACGGACAAGACCCGUGCAGACGUCAAGGGUGGCACGCUGAUCCAGUAUGACGACAAGCUGCGUCUGCUGGAGAUUGCCCAGGUGCCCAAAGCCCACGUGGACGAGUUCAAGUCGGUCACCAAGUUCAAGAUCUUCAACACCAACAACCUUUGGAUCUCCCUUGCCGCCAUUAAGAGGCUGCACGAGCAGAACACCAUGGACAUGGAGAUCAUCGUCAACCCCAAGACGCUGGACGGUGGUCUGAACGUGAUCCAGCUGGAAACAGCGGUGGGCGCCGCUAUCAAGGCCUUCGACAACGCCCUGGGCGUCAACGUGCCCCGUAGCCGCUUCCUGCCCGUCAAGACCUCGUCGGACCUGCUGCUGGUCAUGUCCAACCUCUACAGCCUGGACGCCGGCUCGCUCACCAUGAGCAAGAAGAGGGAGUUCCCCUCCACGCCACACGUCAAGCUGGGCAGCUCUUUCACCAAGGUCCAUGACUUCCUGAUGAGGUUUGAGAGCAUCCCAGAUAUGCUAGAACUGGAUCACCUCACAGUGUCAGGAGACGUCACCUUCGGAAAGAACGUCUCUCUCAAGGGAACUGUCAUCAUUAUUGCCAAUCACGGAGAUAGGAUUGAUAUUCCUGCCGGAGCAGUGCUGGAAAACAAGAUUGUAUCUGGCAACCUGCGCAUCCUCGACCACUAAGGCCUUCAGGACAAGCCACACCUAGGACUGUUUUAGAGCAAGAAAGGUUAUCACUGUGAUCCACCAUUUCAGAUCAUUUAUCUGCAGCUUACAAAGAAAGACUUGACCACAGUCAGGGUCAUUUUAAUCCAUUUUAAAUAGGUGGGAUGGUCCUCCUAAUGAGCGUUGUGGUUCAGCACACCAUGCAAAAGCUUUUAUAGGGUUUUAAGGCUGUGUUUACACAAGCAGCCCAAUUCUGACAAAAGAGCUGAGCUAAUUGGUGACAAGGCAUAUUAGUGGGAAAAUAUCAGAAUUGGGCUGCCUGUGUAAACAGCAUCUGUUGCCAACUCUGACCUGAAUAAAGUGCAAUAUGGAUUCAA